ACAUGUUACUAUUAUCUUAUGAAACACGCGAUCUACUCAAUAUAUUAAAUAGGGCGACAGCAUAACUGCUCAUUUUGUAAACUGUAACAAUGAUACCUAUUAUAUUGAUGUGUUUGUUGCAAACGUGUUUAUGCCAGUCUCCUGAAGUGACGUAUUUGCUGAACUUGGACUCCCAAAUGGAGUGCUGCGACUCCGAAAGCGAGGAGUUUGUGGACGUUUCGGGAGUGACCGUGGCUCGGUACAACGAGACUAUAGCCUACAUGUAUGGAGACAUCAAAUUCCUUAAGGAUGUUGGCCCUGACACAAUGGUAGAAUUAAUUCUUCAAAAAGAAGCUUCUGGUAAAUACGAAGUGAUGGCUACUCACGAGAUUUGUGAUCUAUGCUCUGAAGUCAUGAAGGGACCUGAAAGUGAUUAUUAUUCAUACAUGAAGUACUUCGGUAUACCUGAGGAAUGCCCUUUUGCUGCGGGCGAUUAUCCUAUAAAAGAGUUUAUCCUGGACACCGAUGACCUACCCCUGAACAGCAACACAGCAGGCAGGUACCAAGCUUUUAUGACCAUGUACCAGAACCCAGAAAGGGAUUGCAAGAAAAAUAAGGAGUUCAUGUUAUGCCUCACUAUGAAGCUUCUAAUUGAAUUGGACUGAUAUUAGCCAACUAUUUG